AUGCUGGAGACCUUCGUCCGGGGCACGCUCAACUCGGCAAGUUGUGCAAGCAAACUGUACAUCUUCGGCGGCAACGAGGUCCGAAUGCUUCAGUCCUCAAGAAGGCCUUCGCCCAGCAUGAGACAUUCCACAGCGUGCAGAUGUACGACCUCUCUAAAG